UCAGAUGAGUUUGGAGGACUCCUGUCUCCAUGGUGACCGGUGUGCUUGUGUCAGAACAACCAGCUGGUACCACCUAAUCACUCAUUUGGUGCCUUUUCCCAUAUUUUUAACCUGUUUGUGAAAAUAACUCUUUACUAUACCCAGAUGUACUUUUGUUGGUUUAGUUUCAAAAUAAAACUAAUAGUUACAAACAUGCUCUUUAUUUUGAUAGGUAUAAGAAGCCUUUCUGCCAUACAGCGCGCGCGCUCCCUCCUUCCCUUCCCUGUUGCUAUGGAAACAGGGCCGGUCCAGGUGGAGCCAGAGGCUCGCGUCCCGUCGGUCACAUGGGGCUCCAGCUGAGGACCAGAUGCUGGUGCUGGAGGUUCUGAGAUGCAGUGCGUCUGAUUAAACUUUACACGUGCACGCGCCUGUUGUGUUUUGGGAGGUGCACGUCCUGACUCGAUGCCGGCACGGAUUUAAGACUCGAGCUGCUGCUCGUGUCUUCGGGCUGCUGGUCUGGCGCCGAGGGACUGGGAGGAGGAGGAAAGCUCGACUAGGAGGAAGACGGUGCAUCAUGGACGGUGGCCGUCUAAACUUUGAGCAACAAUUUGACGCCGCGGGGAGAGUCGGGAUGGGAAGCGGCGGAGAGCGGGGUUCGGAGCGACGCUGAAGGAUACCGCCUGCCUCGCUUGUUGGACUCGUGUGUCCGGAAGUGACUCAGGAACCUGAAGACGCUUCCAGGGGACGGGACACCUGCUGGUUGUGAUGCUUCUUCUCCAUUUCCUUUCUGCUGUUAGUUUCGCUCGUCCACAAUGGCUCGCUUCGACGACGACCUGUCCAGUCGCUACGGGGGCAGCGGUGCCGCGGGGCCGGCCCCGGGGGCCAGCCGGCAACCGGUGCCUCCGGGGGGGCAGAGGAUGUACAAGCACACCAUUGCCCAGAGGGCCAGGACCAUGGCUAUUUACCGCCCCAUCCCCGUCAAACAGAACUGCCUCACCGUUAACCGGUCCCUCUUUAUCUUCAGCGAGGAUAACAUCAUCCGGAAAUACGCCAAAAAGAUCACCGAAUGGCCUCCAUUUGAGUACAUGAUCCUGGCCACCAUCAUAGCUAACUGCAUUGUUCUGGCGUUGGAGCAGCACCUGCCAGCCUCAGAUAAAACACCUCUGUCAGAACAUCUGGAUGACACAGAGCCCUACUUUAUUGGAAUAUUUUGUUUUGAGGCUGGCAUCAAGAUCAUUGCUCUGGGCUUUGCUUUUCAUAAAGGCUCCUACCUUCGUAAUGGCUGGAAUGUAAUGGACUUUGUGGUGGUCCUAACAGGGAUUCUGGCCACGGUGGGAGCGGACUUUGAUCUGAGAACGCUCAGAGCGGUGAGAGUAUUGCGACCCCUGAAACUCGUCUCUGGCAUUCCAAGUCUUCAGGUGGUAUUAAAGUCCAUUAUGAAAGCCAUGGUACCUCUGCUCCAGAUCGGCCUGCUGCUCUUCUUUGCCAUCCUCAUGUUUGCGAUCAUCGGUCUGGACUUCUACAUGGGCAGGUUCCAUCAGACGUGCUUCUGGGUGGGCACAGAUGAGCCUGCAGCAGACUUCCCUUGUGGCCUUGAGGCUCCAGCGAGGAUCUGUGGAAACGGGACCGUCUGCAGGGAAUAUUGGCUCGGACCGAACUUUGGCAUCACCAAUUUCGACAACAUCCUUUUUGCUAUUCUCACCGUUUUCCAGUGCAUCACCAUGGAGGGAUGGGUGGAUAUUCUCUACAACGCCAAUGAUGCCACAGGGAACACAUGGAACUGGCUGUACUUCAUCCCCCUCAUCAUCAUCGGAUCCUUCUUCAUGCUCAACCUGGUGCUAGGCGUGCUGUCAGGUGCUCCUCAAGAGUCACCGUUUGCACGAGCCAGUGUGAAGAGCAAGAUGGAGAGCUCGUCUUACUUAAGGAGGAAAGAGAAGAGGAUUCGCUUCACCAUCCGCCAUCUGGUCAAGUCCCAGACUUUCUACUGGACUGUGCUGUGUCUGGUUGGCCUCAACACACUGUGUGUAGCCAUAGUGCACUACGACCAGCCCGAGGGCUUGACGUACGCCCUACAUCUGGCUGAGUUUGUUUUCUUGGGCUUGUUCCUGGUUGAGAUGUCCAUGAAAAUGUACGGCCUGGGACCCCAGAACUAUUUUCACUCCUCGUUUAACUGCUUUGACUUUGGGGUCAUUAUUGGCAGUAUUUUUGAGGUGAUCUGGGCUGCAAUAAAACCUGGAGCCUCCUUUGGGAUCAGUGUCCUUCGAGCACUAAGGCUGUUGCGGAUCUUCAAAGUCACCAAGUACUGGAACUCUCUGAGGAACCUGGUGGUUUCACUGCUCAACUCAAUGAAGUCCAUCAUCAGUUUGUUGUUCCUGCUCUUCCUCUUCAUCGUCGUCUUUGCUCUGCUGGGCAUGCAGCUCUUCGGGGGCCAGUGA